CGUACACAUAUUCUCGCACCAGAUCAAAUUUGACAAUGCAACAUAACAUGGAAAACAAAACGGAUUAUUUAAACCAAAAAAUGCUGAAACCGUUGAUGCCAGAAGAUAUGAGAAGUGAACUCAUAGCAGCUUUGAAAACGCAAAACGUUCAACAUAAUCGAUCAACAUCUGUUAGAAAUUUCAAGAAGUACGCAAGCAGUUAUGGCCCGGCUACUUCAAACGAAGCAGACAAACGUGCCCAGCUCAGAUUGCAAGCAAUUCAGGAAAUUCGAACUUCGGAAGUAUCUUAUCUCAAACAGUUGGAUUUACUUAUUAAGCAUUUCGUGACGCCUCUCAAAUCGAAUGGACUUAUGCAGGAGCGAGAACACAACAACAUCUUUGGCCAACUCGAGACGAUAUACAACUUAAGUCAGGAACUCUUGAAAAAAUUGGACGAUGAUCUGGACAAUGUUGUGCGAGCUUUCAUGAACCUCGGACCUUUUUUCAAACUUUAUUCGGUAUACGCUUUCGAUUACCGAAACUCACUGUGUACACUGCAGACACUCAUGCAAAAAAAUUCUGCUCUGAGCAAGUUUAUCACAAACACUGAAUCUCAUCCUGAGGUGCAAAUGAAGCUGAUCUCGUUGUUGAUAACACCUAUCCAGCGUAUCCCACGCUAUAGGCUGCUACUCCAGCAGGUACUGCUUUACACGAGUCCCUCGGAUGCGUCCUACAAGCAGCUGCAGCAAUCAAUUCGUCUUGUCGAGCAGUCCGUUUCGCAUAUCAACUCCGUUGUCGAAGACUACGAAAACACGCAGAGGUUGAUUGUGGUUCAAAACUGCCUCACAAACAAAUCGUUGAAAAUCGUGAAACCGGGGAGGAAAAUCUUGAAGGAGGGCGUUCUGAAGAAGGUUAAAACUGAUGGAACCACUUCCAAAAAGUAUUGUAUUCUCAUGUCCGAUAUGUUUAUCUACUGUCGGAUGCUGAAGGAUCAAGAUCAUAUAUUUAUGGAUAAUGGACUUGAGUGUUGUUGUAUCUUUCCCCUCAAGAAGUGCAAAGUCAUGGAGUUGUUUAGGGGAAACUUCAAAAUAGCUUGCAGUGGGGAUGGGACUAUCUUCAGUGCAGACACCGUGGAGCAAAGCCAGAGUUGGUUGCAAGCGGUUCGCGAGGCAGUGGAACUGCACGUUCAAUGCAGGAAAACUCUCCGGAAACUUUCUAGUAACAGGAAACCAAUGCGCAAAAAACACAUUCAGCGGUUGGAGGCUGAGGAUGAUCAUCUCUGGUUGCUCCGACGCAAAAUGGCAAGCCCUGCUAAAUCGCCGAAGCGACGCAGCUUGUUGUGGCCAUUCCACAAUUUGGAUUGUUUGAAAGCGAAUCAUUCCUUCCAAGAUGAAUCGAUUGUAGGCAAAACGCACUACGAAUCAUCCGGUCUUCUCAAUGGAAGAGCGUUACAACAAAAUGAACCAUUACCAAACAGAAUAAAUGAUUCUCUCGUUAUUACUCCAUCGAACGGUAGUGGGACAAGUGGAAAAAAACACGUGCAUUUUCAGUUGCCCGCCUCGUACUAUAAACGUUAAAUAGUAUCUUAAAUGACAAGUGUUUUUUUAUCUGUCAUAUGUAAUAAGGCUGUAUUUUUUUAUUGAAUCUCAUUCGAUUCUCGUAAUAUGUAUAAGUUGUAUGUUUUUUUUAUUUUUUAAAUAAAUUAUUCUGCAGAUUUUCAAA